AUGGUAGAAUCCAGACAAAGCCUAAACCCCAACAGUCAUGAUGGUGAGACUUAUCUCUCAAGAUUUCUAAAGAUUACUCCAAUAGAUUUCCCAGUUUAAAAUCCGAUAAACUUAACUACAUAUGUCAAUGGAGUUGAUAUCAAGUUGCACACUGUAGAAUACCCAAAUGAAGGAGAGCUCAAAGGUGUCAUAUUUGUGUUUUUAGGCUAUGGAGCAUUUUAAGAUUUUUAUGGAGGAUAUUUUAAAGACAUUGCCAAGGCAGGCUUUAGAAUUUUUGGUUUUGACAGACAUGGAUUUGGAAGAAGUGAGGGUGCAAGAGGAGAAACUGGGCCAGAUCCAAUGGGAGAUUAAUGGAGAUUUGUUGAUUCAAUAGUUGAGCAUUUCAAGCUUCAGGAUGCCAAGAAAUUUAUCUUCGGAAUUUCGUUAGGUGGCCUAUUGGGUAUGAGAAUGAUGCAAAUGAGACCUGAUUACUUUUGCGGUGCUAUGCUAAAUAUGCCUUGGUUUGAUAUGCCUGAGAACAAAUAAUUUGGAUUCUUCAAGAGAUUUGGACUGAAAAUUGCUAGUAAGCUAUUUAAAAAUAGAACUAUACCAAUGCCAUCUAAUGGACAAGAAUAUGAUGAAUUUCUUGCGCAUAUGGUUAAGGAUCCUAGAUUCACUGGAUUCAUUUAAUAUCACAUGGCUGAGUUUGCCUUAACAAUGCAAGAUGAGAUGAAUGCAAAUCUAGAGCAUAUUCCUAAUGUGCCCUUUUUCAUUGCUAUGGCAGAAACCGAUUUGAAUGUCUCGAAUACUCGCAUUAGAGAAAUUGCUGCAAUGCUAAAGAAUCCCAAAAAUAAAACUAUUACUUAUGAAAAUGCAGUUCAUGCUCUCUUUUAUUAAGAUGGCUUUUAUUAAAAAGUGAUGAAGGAUGCAUGUGAUUGGUUGAUUGAUGUUAAUGAGAUGAUGACUUGA